UUGUCUUUGCCGCACUACUCUUGAAAUCUUCGUGGUAGUUUUCAUCAGUUCUCAUUGUAUUUUUCGCUCAGCGGAGUCAUGGCGGGUCUUGCUCGGCCAGUAUACAUCAUAGCAGCUAAAAGAACUGCAUUCGGUGCAUUUGGAGGGAAAUUAAAAGGCAUGAGUGCUACGGUGCUUGGACAACACGCGGCGGUAGCGGCAAUGGAGGCUGGCAAAGUUGAUCCUGCGAUCGUAGAUUCCUCUGUGUUUGGCAACGUCAUCCAGAGUGCCUCAGAUGCGGCAUACAUUUCAAGACACAUUGCCCUAAAAGCCAAUGUUCCAGUUACAACUCCUGCACUAACAGUGAACAGGCUAUGUGGUUCAGGAUUCCAAGCAGUUGUCACGGCAGCACAGGAGAUUCAGCUGGGUGAGAGUGACGUUGUGCUGUGUGGAGGCUCUGAGAAUAUGAGUCAAGCACCUUAUGCCCUGAGAGAUGCUAGAUUUGGAACAAAACUUGGGCUUGACUUAAAGCUGGAAGAUACUCUGUGGCAAGGCUUGACAGAUUUUCAUGCUAAAAUGCCAAUGGGUGUCACUGGAGAAAAUCUUGCUGAGAAAUAUAACAUCACACGACAAGACUGUGACGAGUUUGCUCUGUUAUCACAAAAGAGAUGGGCUGAGGCUAAUGAGGAUGGCCGAUUUGUAGAAGAAAUUGUUCCAGUGGCUGUGAAAGGAAAGAAAGGUCCAGAAGAGUUUAAGGUUGAUGAACACCCAAAACCAAACAGUACAAUAGAGCAUUUAACAAAGUUAGCUCCAGUCUUCAAGAAAGAUGGAACAAUCACUGCUGCUAAUGCUUCUGGUAUAUGUGAUGGAGCUGCAGCACUGAUCGUUGUCAGUGAGAAAGCCCUUAAAGAGCACAACUUUACGCCACUGGCCAGAAUUGUUUCGUACUCUGUUGCUGGUGUGGAACCAUCAAUCAUGGGAAUUGGCCCUGUCCCAGCAAUCAAAGCAGCAUUAAAUAAAGCCGACAAGAGUCUUCAACACAUGGAACUUAUUGAGGUACUUAAACUGAGAUGUACAGUCAAUUGUUGGAUAUUUAUGUUCUACAUCGUAAUUCUUUCACUUGUGUGACACAAGUUGUGUUGUUUGAAAGUUACAAUUACAUAUCAAUUUCAUAAAUAUUUCUUGUCAAUUUAUUUUAUGGAUGAUUUAAGGGUGGUUACUAGCUGUGCAGAUGAAGUGAUGUGGUAUUUCAGUCAACCAUGUCUUUUUUCCCUUUUCAACAAACCAUUUUCCUUUUCUUUUCAAUCAACAAUGUUGCCAUAAGGCCUUGAAAUAAAAAUUUGGUGCAUUAAUCAUUCCAACGUGUUGACCUGUGAACACUCCAGCCUUAAAAAUAUCUGGCUGUGCAUUCACAGGCUAACU